AGAAAGAAAAACAAAAGGGUCUUAAAGCGUUCGUGAUUUAUCUUCCUUCCUUCCUUCCUUCCUUCAACGAUAAGACAUAGAGGCGGAAGAUCUCCGGUUAACGGAACGAUUUCAGAUCCAUUUAGUCUUGUCUCAAGGCUCGAUUGCUUCCUUCUUUCUCCAACUGAGUGACAAUGGCUGGAACCAAGGGAUCAGAGAGUGUUAGGAGUUUGAUGUACCCAGGGAAAAGUGCUUUGCUCCCUCCAAAGAUCCCCUUUCCUAGCGUUUCAGCAUCCUAUUCUGACUACGUUCCCUGUGGUUUGAUGGGUUCUUCAAGGCAAGGUCACAAGGUUAGUAUUGAGAAAGCUCACCACCACCACCACCAGCGGACUUCCUCUGAGAGCCAUUUGGUAGAAGAGCUUCCUUUUUGGCUUGAUGAUCUUCUCAACGAGCCUGAGACCCCUGCUUCUCGCAAAUCUGGUCAUAGGCGUUCAGCAAGCGACUCUUAUGCUUACCUAGACGUGUCUAAUGCUACAAACUUAACUGAUUUCAGCUCUAGGAAUCAAGUUUCUUCUAUUCAAAGAGGAAUUCAAGAGUCCCAGGACGCUUCCUUUUACGCUGAUAGUAGUUUCCUAAAGCAGAGGAGUCGUCAACUGGUGCCAUCUGGGCCUCCUCUUCCUUCUUGGCUACCUUCCACUGGAGCAUCGUAUAUGUCUCAAGAUGCAACAGCAGACUAUGCAGAAGCUCAGCCUGUCACGUAUGAGGCUGACAAUAAUACAAAACGAGCCAAACAGCAAUUUGCACAACGAUCACGGGUUCGUAAGCUCCAGUACAUAUCCGAGCUAGAAAGGAAUGUGCAAUCAUUGCAGGCAGAAGGCUCCAAAGUUUCAGCUGAGCUUGAUUUUCUCAAUCAGCGGAAUCUUAUUCUGAGUAUGGAAAACAAAGCUCUUAAGCACCGCCUUGAAAGUAUAGCUCAGGAGAAACUGAUCAAGCAAUUGGAACAAGAGGUGCUGGAAAGGGAGAUUGGAAGACUACGAGCUCUGUAUCAACAGCAACAACAGCAUACUCGUCAACAAUCAGCAAGUCACAAACGUGCCACUAGCAAAGAUCUGGACGCUCAGUUCUCGAGUCUUUCCCUGAACGCUAAAGAUUCCAACUGCAGGCGUGACUCUUUAUCUGUGAUGGGUCAGUUUCACUUUUAGUCAGUGUAUCUGAGUGUCUCUACCCACCGGUUCAUUAGCUCUAAAGGGCCCUGCCGUUUCAACAAGAUCAGGCCCCUACUCUAUACUCCCUCCCUUUUUAUUACGGUUGAUAUGUCAGUGCACCUGGUUUCCAUUACCUGAAAACCUAUAAUAGUUCCAGCAUAUGGCUUGCCUGAGGUGCUUUAGUUCGAAGAUCAGACACAUGGCUUCAUUUAUCUGGUGAUUGUUGUCCUGACUUGUGGUGUGGUAACAAAACACUGAUCGGUGGAGUUGUACUAUGCUAUCUACUGUUUAUUUCUUUGUAUUUUAUGUUACUGCUGCAUUCCCUUGGAGUGAAUGGUUCAUGUAAAGUUGAUCACGUUGUAAACUUCCCCCAAGUGUGAAGAUAAUAAUUUGAUUGCUUGAAAGUUGCCGAA